AUGCUUUCAAUAUCAGGUGCAUUGAUGGCCGUUCUCUACAAGGGACCCACAAUCAUAUCCUCUGCAUCUUCAUCACCUUCUCCACGGUCGCCUCCUUCACUUCAGUAUCCUCUAGAAACAACACAAACAAAUGGGAUCACAGGAGGCCUUUUACUAGUUUUGCAAAGCCUUUUUAGCUCAAUCUGGUACAUCCUUCAGACCCAGGUGAUAGAGAUGUACCCAGAUGAGCAAAUUGUGUCAUCCAUAUAUUUCCUAUGCAAGACUAUUAUUGCCUUACCAAUUUGCUUUAUAGCGGAAGCAAAGUGGAGCCAUUGGACAGUGAAGCCUGAUAAAGCAUUGGUCACCAUUGUAGUGUCAGGAGUCUUUGGUCCAUCCUACGAUGCUUUGCUCAGCACAUGGGUGGUGCACUUGAAGGGCCCUCCUUAUGCCUCAAUCUUUAAGCCGUUUUCUAUUGCCAUCGCAGCUGCUUUCAGUGUCAUAUUCCUUGGCGAUUCUCUUUUUCUUGGGAGUGUCCUUGGAGCAACGAUACUGCUAGUUGGGGUUUUAUCCCGUAAUGUGGGGGAAAGCACAAGAAGAAGAUAGCAAAGGUUGUGGGUUUGAGCCCUUGAGAGCCUCACCUGAUGGGAUGAUGACCCCUCUUUUGCAGAGUAAAACGGUUGAAAAUAUAGAAAAUAGCACACGGAGAUGAGUGCCGAGAGAGUUCUUGUUUUUGGUGAUCCGUAAUACAAAUGCGACCUGAUUAAAGUUGGUUAAGCGUUAAGCGCCCCGUUUAAAGUUCAUUUAUUCCAUGAAAAAUAUAAUGGAAAUGCUUUACUAUUGUGAAUGAUUCAGGAAGUUCGGAGUUCAUGAAACUUAAGGGCUGUGUUGAACGUUAAAGAUCUGUAUGUAAUUUUAGUUUAAACUUGAAUUAUGUAAAUCUUAAGUCAACAUAAGCGUGCAUGGAGGGAUGGAUGGAACUCUAUCUAUGAAAGAAGGGAAGAAGAAGAAGAAAGGGUGGGAAAUUAACCAUUUCCGAUGUAAU